UUGAUAAUUGAGUGUGUUUCGGAUUCUUUUCAUUCAGUUAAAAGGAUUGACUGGAAGAAUUAAUUCAAUGUACACUAAUUUUCUAAAUUUAGAUUGCAUAUCGUAUUGCUUAGCGAAAUUUCAAACAGAUUGUGAAAAUGUUACGACUGGCACUAUUGCAAAUGUUCGUGGGCGCAGAUAAGACUGCCAAUAUAAAACGUGCUUCUGAAUUAAUUAGUCGAGCUGUAUCUGAGCAUUCACCUCACCUUGUAUGCCUUCCGGAAUGCUUUACCUCCCCUAUUGGUGCAAAAUAUUUUGGACCCUAUGCAGAAACUGUUCCAAACGGUCCGUCAUGCCAAAUGCUAUCAGAUGCUGCUAAAUCUCAUAAAAUAUGGCUUGUCGGUGGUUCUAUCCCUGAACGUGGACCUGAUGGCAAGUUAUAUAACUGUUGUGCAACAUAUAAUCCAGAUGGUGAACUAGUUGGGUUAUAUCGUAAAUUACACUUGUUCGAUAUUGAUAUACCAGGUCAGUUUACAUUUAAAGAAUCAGCUUCACUUAGUUCUGGUAAAGAGACAUUCUCUUUUGAGAUACCUUUAAAAAAUGCCGAGAAUAAAAUUUCAGUAAUACGAGUUGGAAUUGGUAUAUGUUAUGAUAUUCGUUUUCCGGAACUAUCACUUCUUUAUGCUAAUCAAUUAGGAUGUCAAUUACUUUUAUUCCCUGCUGCAUUCAAUCCUAAAACUGGAUCUUUACAUUGGGAAUUAUUGGGUAGAGCACGUGCUUUAGACACACAAUGUUAUGUUGGAAUGUGUAGUCCAGCUUGUAAUCUAGAAUUAGACUAUAUAAGUCAUGCUGAAUCAUUGAUCACUUCACCAUGGGGUAUAGUUAUAGCUAAAGGCGGUAAAGAGGAGGAAAUUAUAACAGCUGAUUUAGACUUUUCUGAAUUGAAAUGUGUUCGUGAAAGUAUUCCAAUUGGUCGACAACGGCGUUUAGAUAUUUAUACUACACCGAAAUUAGUUAAAAAACAAUCAUAAACAUAUUUGUCUCUUAUUAAUCGAUUACAUUCUUUGUGAUAUAUUAUUUGACUGUUGAUCAUUAUACACUUUAUAAACUUGAUUAAAUUCUGUAUUACACAUUACUUUUGUCUAUUAACAAAGAAUAUUGUCAAGUG